AUGGCGAGACAUGGCCCCCAAAGCCAUGACCAACCACUCCAAGAAGAGGACUACAUAGACAUGGACCUGAGCUCACCUGCGGCAGCACAGGCGGUCACCGCUAGAGCAAGCUUGCUCUGCUACAGCACAGCCAUGGCGGCCUCCUCACAAAACUCAAGGGAGUUCGAGUUCCACAUGUCAGCUCCGGUUGACAAGUGGGAGCCCAUGGCAUCACCAGCCGAUGAGCUCUUCUACAAGGGGAAGCUACUGCCGCUCCACCUUCCACCACGCAUCCAGAUGGUGGAGAAGCUGCUCGAGAGUGCAGCUGAGAAGGGACUGCUCUCCGCGAGCACUGCACCAGCAACACCUUACCAGUCGUGCAAUGUGUCACCAGCAAAUUCAUGCUAUGUCAGUGGAGAGCUCAAUGCAGAGCAUUACUUCCACGAAUGCACGUCUGCUGGUAUUGGAGCUGAGGAGGAGGAGGCGGCCUGUGAGAAGAAGACCUGGUCCAGGAAGCUCAAGUUCAUCAGGCAUCUCAACCUUGGACUCAAGCUCAAGGCAUCAAAAGCUUAUCUCAAGACAAUAUUUGCCACUAAAGGAGGCAAUACAGAUAGCAAAACUGGCACACCUGCUGCAAAUGAGCUCUCUCAUGCGCAGUUCAAGUCUUGGAGGAAGAACCCGUUUGGCCAGAUCAGAAGCAACAGGUACAUAUCCUCACCUAUCAGCAACAGCCUCGCGCUUGGAGGGAAGCUUAAAGAAGACGAGUUUGGCCACAGGAGAUCCUUCUCCAGUGUCAUUAUCCGGUGCUCGUCAUCAACAUCAAACAAGACAUCCUCUGCGUCAACAUCAUCAUGUUCUUCAUCGAAUUCAUCCUCCUCCAUACUGAGCUCAAAUGACUCUGGCGUGGGGCCAGUGCUGAGGAGGAGCAGCAGUGCAAGCUCAGAGAUGGACAAUCCAAUCCAGGGCGCAAUAGCAUACUGCAAAAAGUCGCAGCAACUGGCCUCAGUGAGAAAGAGUGCAAGCGAUGCAGGUUUUCGGUUCAUGUCAUCAUCAGCAUCACGGAUAGCUGCAGAGUCUGAAGAUUCAGACGAUAUAAUUGAGAUUUGCCGACGAUGAAGUGUAAAUGUACAAAUUUAAACACUUUUGAUAAUCCUGUACACUUUUGAUCUUCAGAUACCUGCAGACAUGAUCUAUCUUAAAAUAUUGUUAUUCAGAAAAAAAAAUUUAGGUAGUUCGUGUAAGACAAAUAGUUUCGAAAUUCUAAUUCAAAU